AUGGAUGACUCGGGCCUUGCAGAGAUCGAGCGACAACGUAAAGAGCUCGAAGUAAACAUCAAUAAGCUUCGAAAAGCUCUGCAGCAUUGGCAGACCUGCGAGAUUGAAUACGAAGGACUGAGAGAGGAAAUCGCCAGCCUCCCAGACGGAAGCAAUACCAAUGAUGUGCUGGCGAUUGCAAGAGACUUUGGAGCAGAGCUUGUGGAUGAAAGGGAGUUGCAAACCAUUGUAGGUGGACAAGAGUGUCCUCGAUCUCAAGAUCAAAUAGUCGAUUUACUGGCAAAGAGAGUGGACUACGUUUCACGAAAUGCUCGCACCAUCGAAAAGCAGAUUUCUGAUGCCCAGAAGAAGAGGAAUGCGAUAUUGCUUGCCAAGGACCCUGACUAUAGAGAAGAUGCUGGGCUACCACUUACAGACAUUACCGAGGAGUUAGACGACGACGGCAAUGUUGUUUCCAGCAAAGUCGAGACACCAGGAUCUACAGCGCCGCAGCUGGUUGAAGUGUUGAAAAAGGCCGGUGUGAAGGACUUAUUGGAGCAGGACGGCAUUGUCACGACUACAAAAAGGCAAAGUAAUGGUGCUGAAUCAAUGUCGAAAGGAGAAAGAGCCAUGGAGUCAUGUUCGAGGAUUGAACCAAGUACGCGGAAGGAGCCCGCUGCUUCCGGAAAUCGUCUCGAACGACAAGCCGAACAGGACUCCACAUUAGACAAUAGCCUGACUAGAAGCAGAGGGGAUGGGAACGGAGGACACAGAAGUUCUCCUGCCUCUUCGGAAACCACCAGACAAGGCUCAAGCCAGGAGAAUGGGACUCAUGUUAUUGCCGCGCCUGUCUCGCUUACCUCCAAUGCUGGCCUAGAUAAGACAGGGGAGAGCAAUGACAAUGAAAGGCUUACAGCUACUCAUCCCGACGAUACGCCUGAGGAAGCUGCGCUCCGCCGUGAAAUGAUCCAGUAUGGAUUAGGGGAAGUGGGUGCCAUUGUGGCUGAAUUGGACUUGGAGGAGAACGAGAGCAAUGUCUCCUUCGGCAGUGACUUUGACGAGGACGAUGUCGAGGACGAUGUCGAGGACGAAGAUGAAUCAGAAAACGAGAGUGGCAUGGUCAAGCAUCCUGCUCUGAGCAAGAAAUAUCUCGAGAAGAUGAGGGAGCUAGAGGAGAAGCACGGCAUAAAAGGAAUGCAGAACCUGGGACCCGAUGCAACCAGACUACCACAGGAAGUCCGGAAGGAGCUCGAAAGACCUCCAGCUGCUGAAGCAGCACGAAAAGCUGCACUCGCUCGAGUGGCAAAAUCAGACGUCAGUACGGAGCGCACUCCUGGACAGCCAGACCCAGAGCCAAAAUCAUCAAAGCCAAGGAAGAAAGUCGCUUUCGCUGAUGACUUGGACAUUGCACAUGAAGCAAGCCCACAAUCUCUUUUUAAAGAAGUACCUAUACCCAGAACCCGGCUCGUACAACCAAGGUUGGUCGAACCCGUCAAGAACUCUAUUGUGGAACGACAAUCGACAAUCGAGCCUCCUGACAGAACUCAACCAACCGUACAAGCCGUGGCGAGAAAGCCUUCGAGAUUCAUAGCCGCUCGAGAAGCCAUGCCACAAACCCCCUUACUACCACCUUCUCCUACCUCCCAACUCCCACAACACCCUCUCAGGAAUGCCUCAAAAUCACCAAUGCCACCCAACACAAUUCAUACGGACAGCAUUAUUGAGCGAGUGCCAAGCUCCAAAGCCAGCCCACCCAAUCCUGACGAUCUUGACGAAACAAUCCAUCGUCAAGAGAUCGCUGGUGAGUACUACAAGAUCCGUAACCGCAUGAUCCAACGACAAGGAGGAUUCGUUGGCGACGGCGAAGCGGAUAAUUACGGCGAAGAGAUGACGCCUCUCCCUACGAUCGAUGAGAAUGGAAAGGAGAAGAAGAUCAGUAGGUUCAAAGCUGCUAGAUUGAGAUGA